AUUCUCCUCCUUGCGCCAACAGUGCUCCUGUUAUUCCCAGUCUCGGUUCUGGUAUUCGUUCUCGAACGGAUAUCCAAGUCUCUCCUCCUUGAGCAAACCGGCCGCGACUGGCGAAAUGGCGCAUACUUGAUUUACCUCAACGGCCCCAAUGUGACCGACCCGUCUUCGACUGCGAAUACAGCUGUGACUGUGCGCAUCAAUCGGGCGCCAUCGUGGGCUAUAAUAGGUGUCUGUGUUGCGGCAUACAUUGUGUCCGUAUUCGAUGCGUUUGGCAUUUGGGAACUGAGGAAGGUGGAGGGCACGCAUGGACGUCAGAGGGGUUGGGCGUGGGCUGCAGCGAUCGGCAAUAUCGUCUUGGUUGGGCUGAGUCUUGGUGUAUUUGGAUGGGCGAGUUCAUUGCAAGGCAACGAGGGCUGGCGAAGCUACGAAGAUGUGCAGAAGCAGGGUCAAGAAUACACUCGCGAGACCUGGUCUUGUCAGAUUGAGCGCUUCUACCCCAAUGAAGGGUGGGCAGGAACUGCGUGUGGGACAGCAAAGGCUACCAGGUUCCUGCUCAUACCCAUGGCCAUUUUCGCGCUCCUUUUCCUCGGCAGCCUCUGGAUCAUUAUAUGCCAACGAGGUGGUGUCAAGUGGCUUUGUGGUGGCAAGGGCCGUUAUGCCGGUUUCAAUAAUGCAUACGAGCUUCAGCAGGGUGGGCCUCUUGGAUCCUAUGCUCCAGGGCCAUAUGCCCAAGGUCCAUCGCAGUGGGCACCGCAGCCUUACCAUCAUGUGCAGCCU